AUGCCACCAAAGGCUGCAGCACCAAAGGCUAAGGCCGCCGCACCCGAUCAUGCCAGUUAUCAAGAGAUGAUCACCGAUGCCAUCAUCAACCUCAAAGAACGCAAUGGAUCAAGCCGGUCCGCGCUCAAGAAAUAUGUCAAGGCCAACAACAACAUCAACGCUGCUGAUAACAUGUUUGACUCUCUCUUCAACAGAGCGUUGAAGUCUGGCGUCACCAAGGGUGUCUUUGCGCAGCCAAAGGGCGCAUCUGGUGGAACCAAGUUGGCCAAGAAAGAGCCAAAGCCUGCGGCCGCCAAACCCAAAGCUGCACCAAAGGAGAAGAAGCCAGCCGCUGCGGCCACCAAGAAAGCUCCAGCAGCAAAGAAGGAGGUGAAGCCAAAAGCUGCCGCAAAGGCCGCUCCAAAACCUAAGGCUGCACCAAAGGCAAAGGCCCCAGCUGCAAAGCCCAAGGCCGCCCCAAAGACCACCAAGAAGGCUGCCGCACCAGCUAAAGCCCCUGCAGUUGUUGAUAAGCCAGCGGUGAUUAGCAAGACAAAGUCUGGACGUGUCACCAAGACCAAGGCCGCCCCAGUAGCAAAGAAGGCUGCUGCUCCAAAGAAGAAGGCGACACCGAAAAAGGCUGCUGCGUAG